AUGAAGGCCUCUUUAAUUCUUCCAGCCUGCCUUGCGGCUGGUACUUAUGCCCGUUCAAUUCAGGGACCAGGUCAAGUCCCGCUCCAGAGCAAUGAGCGCUUCCUUGUUGAGCUUUCACCAGGCAAUACGAGAUGGAUUACAGAGGACGAGAAGUGGGAGUUGCGCAAGGCCGGACAGAACUUCUUCGACAUCACAAACCAUCGCGACUUCAACGAUGCCUCCUCAACUAUGGCUAAAGUCAAGUUUCCGUCCAAGACUGCAUACAACGACACCAUCUCGCCCAUGAUAAAGAAGCUAGAGAAGGACAACAUGCGUAAGCACCUGGAGAAAUUCACCUCCUUCCAUACUAGGUACUACAAGUCUACCUACGGCGCACAGUCUUCAUCAUGGCUGCUGGAGUCUGUAACUCAAACCCUCAAAGACGCAGGCGCGCUGGACCACAACAUCACGGCCGUACACUUUCCGCACCCGUGGGGGCAGAACUCUUUGAUAGUGACUAUCCCCGGCAAGAGCGAGAAGACAGUCGUCAUUGGCGCUCAUCAGGACUCCAUCAACCUUUUCCUGCCCUCGCUCCUUGCCGCUCCUGGGGCUGACGACGAUGGCUCCGGCACCGUCACCAUCUGGGAAGCUCUUCGUGUUCUCCUUACCGACAAAGACAUCCUUGCUGGCAAAGCCGAAAAUACACUCGAGUUCCAGUGGUACUCAGCCGAGGAAGGCGGCCUCCUCGGCUCCCAAGCUAUCUUCCAGUCCUACCAGAAAGAGGGCCGUGAUGUGAAGGCCAUGCUACAGCAAGAUAUGACGGGCUACGUCCAGAAGACUAUCGACGCCGGCGAGCCCGAGUCUGUCGGUGUCAUCACCGACUUUGUGGACCCUGGGCUCACAGAGUUCAUUAAAGAGGUUAUCACAGAUUACUGCGAUAUUCCAUUUGUGCUGACGAAGUGUGGAUAUGCAUGCAGCGAUCAUGCGAGUGCGAGCAAAGCGGGAUAUCCAAGUGCUUUCGUGAUUGAAAGUGAUUUCAAGUAUUCGGAUAACAAGAUCCACACUACAGAGGACAAAAUUGAGUACCUUUCGUUUGACCAUAUGCUACAGCAUGCGAAGCUAACUCUGGCAUUGGCUUACGAGCUGGCUUAUGCGAAGUUUGAGUAG